AUGAUUUCUUAUAAGCAACCAUUCCAUAAUGUAUUGGUGAAUUUGAAUAUUUUUCAGAAUCGGCGAGAAAUCAUAUCAAUCAAUAUGCAUCUCAUCCAUUUCGUCCUCCUUGCCUUUUCCGUCCAAUUGAACAUCCAAACUUCAGAAGCACAAACGGUACAAACAGAGCCGUUGGAUUUAUCGGUACGGAAAUUGGGUGAGGAACAAUUACAAUUACAAAAUUUAUCAAUUAAUGAAACGAACAAAGGACAGACGGAAAGUAUCCUUCAAUCAUCGCAUUUGAGUGCUCAUAAGAAAACGCGUGCUGGUGAAAAGGUCUCGGGAAAGGAGUUCCGUUGCACGAUAUGCGGGAAAAGUUUCUUCUAUUCAUCGCAUUUGGCAAGACAUGAGAGGAUUCAUACCGGUGAAAAGCCAUACAGUUGUACGAUAUGCGGGAGAAGUUUCGCUUGCUCAUGGAAUUUGAUAAUACAUGAGAGGACUCACACCGGUUUGAAGCCGUACAGCUGUUCGACAUGCAAUAAGAAUUUCUCUGAUCCAUCGAAUAUGAAAAAACAUGUGAGAACUCAUGCCGGUGAAAAGCCAUCCCGUUGUACGAUAUGCGGGAAACCUUUCGAUCGAAGCGAUAGUUUGAAAAGGCACAUGAAAACUCAUAAAUAUGCAGCUUUUUAA